UGCCACGUGACCUUGCAUCCCUUGAUCCAUUCCACUGGUGGCUUUUUUCUUCUUCUUCUUACAUUUUCUCUCUGGAGCAUCCUUUUCUUCUUGUCGACACACUUUGUGGGUUCUGGUUUCUUACUCUGCACACACCGCCGAUUUGAAUUAGGAGUCAUUUUAUUGUAGGGCUUUCGUGUCCAAGUGAAUCCAGGAAAAUGGAGACAUUUUCCAUGAACGUCAUCGCUCAGACGCUUUCAGCACACUCGGAGAUGUUAGCUCAGGGUGUUAUGGGAAUCAACUUUAUGAAACCGGAAAAACCAAUAAAUACCAUGUCUGAAGUUUACAAACUAGUGCAAGAAGAAGAACAAAACAAAGUCAGAUCACCAACACCCGGAGGCUGCACGAGUCCACCCAUUUUCAGGCCCUCCAAGAUUCCACCAAGUGUGCCACCAAAACCUCAAGUGUCUGCCCCACCAGCACCAGCAGCAACCCCAGCCCCUGCUCCAGCUCCAGCUCCUGCAGCCCCAGCACCUUCCCUUCCAACAUUGAAACCCACGGCCCCUGUUCAUGAAGGGCCUUCCCAAGGUCCAUGCUCUGACUGUGGACGACCAAUCACUGGAGCUUUUGUCGGUCUGACCGACAGAAUUUUACACCAAGAAUGCUUUAACUGUAGUACUUGUGGAGCAUCCUUGAAAAACAUUGGAUUUCAUAAUAUCAACAACAAAUUGUAUUGCGACCCCCACGCUAAACUGGCUGCAAGAAUCAUUGCAGGUCAGGCAGCUACACCAGCUGCUCCAGCCUUCACUCCUGCUCCUGCAGCACCCCAGCCUGCACCAGCACCUUACACACCACCAAAACCUGCUGCUGCUCCAGCUGUACCACCAAUGCCUGCUCCAUUGCCAACAUCUUCACUAGCUCCUCAGCCUGCUGUCGUACCCAAACUUCCAACUUGUUCGAUUCCACAGCCUACUCCACUGCCAUUCGGUGCAAACUUGCCCCAGACUCCAAGUUCUUCUGGAGGAUUAAGCUUCAGAAGCAUUUCUCCCCAACCAUGGAAGAGACUUUCAGGAGAAUACCAUAGCGUAAAGUCACCAACCAGCCCUACUCCAGGCUCAACCCCUUCAGCUCCACCUGCGUACUCUUCUGGGCCACUGCCAUUCGAGAUGAAACCUUAUAUGCCACCAGAACAAUCAAAAUCAUCAAUAUUCUCUUCUGUUUCGGAAUCUUCUUCAUCUGAAAUCUCUCAGACCUCUCAAACGACUCAGGUGAUCCAGCGAACGACCCAAGUAACUCAACAAGUGUCUUCAACAUCGCAAUCUCAGUACUCUCUUGAUUACAAGCAGGUGAUUGGAGGACAGCAAAAGACCAAAUUCGUAUGGCCCCCACCAAAACCCCAGUUUGAAAUCGAAGGUGGAGCCCCGGCUGAAUCUUCAUCUGGCCCGAGUCAAAACUACUCCCCUCUAGUCACCCAAUCCACCCCCGCAGCCCAGCUACCCAAGAGUGAGAGCGCUCCAUCCUUCCGCUCUGUCCAACCACCUGUCCCCCAGCAACAACCUGCAGCACCACCCACCAGUAUGUUCACGGUGCCUCCCUUGCCAACUACCUUCUCAGCUCAACCAGCCAAGGUGGAAGAAACUCCGGCACCAGCACCAGAACCUAAGAAGGAAGAAGCACCUGCACCUCCACCAGCUCCGGAACCUGCACCAGUGCAAGAGUCUGUUCCCGCCCCGGCCCCUGCUCCUCCAGCACCAGCUCCAGCUCCAACCAUGUCUUUCGGGGGAUCCUUGGCAUCUAAUUUCUCGCCAGUUUUGCCCCCCAUCGUGGACCUGAAACCCACCACCGCUCCCGCCCAACCUGGAGUCCCAACCGGAGCCGGCUCCAAACCUGCUCCGAAGAAGGGUCGAGGUCAGCUCAUGAAAGAACAGGUUCCAGGAAGGAUUCCUGUUUGUGGAGAUUGUGGCGAACCAAUUAGGGGACCUUUCAUCAUCGCUCUGAAUCGCACCUGGUGCCCGGACCAUUUCCACUGCAACAAUUUACACUGCAAAACUAAUCUCAUUGACAUUGGCUUCGUGGAAGAGCAAGGACAGCUGUACUGCGAGAACUGCUACGAGCAGUUUUUGGCACCUAUUUGUAACAAGUGCAAUGUCAGGAUAAAAGGAGAUUGCUUGAAUGCUCUGGAUAAACAGUGGCACCCUGAGUGCUUCAUUUGUGCUUACUGCAAAAAGCCUUUUGGCAACAAUUCUUUCUACUUGGAAGAUGGAUUGCCCUACUGCGAAAAAGAUUGGAACGAGUUGUUCACUACCAAGUGCGUUGGCUGUGGAUUCCCGAUCGAAGCUGGAGACAGAUGGGUAGAGGCUCUCAACAAUAACUAUCAUUCGCAAUGCUUCAAGUGCAGCGUUUGCCAGAAAAAUUUGGAAGGUCAGAGCUUCUACGCCAAAGGUGGAAAACCAUUCUGCAAACAGCACGCGCGAUAAAAAAAGAAAAAGCAUUUACAAACAUUGACAUUAGUGUACACCUUUUCGUGAAAAUGUACUUUGCGUCUUCACUUUCCGUUUUCCUGGAUGGCUGCAUUACGUGUGUCUGUAAAAGUUAAGGUUGAAAGGUCACACGAACCUUAAAUGUUUGCAAUUCCUUAGAUUUCAAACAACUUCAGUAAAACUCAAUGUGAAUAUUAGUUGUAUCAUUGUUCAAAGAAACGAAAAAAAGGUUUCUUUUUUUAUUUAUCUCUAAGUUCUAUGCUUGAUGCAGGAAAAAGAUUUAUUUAAAAAUAAUGAAAGAUUCGCUUGAAUCUCAUUUAAAUGUUAUAAAUUGUGGCUUAAAUUAUCAAAUAUAAAAUCUUCAUCAAUAUUUAUCUUUUUAAAAAUAUAUAUAAAUAGCUUUAUGUGAGUAAUUUUGAAUGAUCUGACAAACUAAUAUAUUUU